AUGGGGCACCUGAAGGAGAGAGACAUGUGCAAAUGGAAAUGGACAGAGAUGUGCUACUGGAACCUGAUUGAUUUGAUCAAGGAUCAUGGAUACUCAUCAGUUGACUAUCUAUACUACAAGCGAAAAGAUAGCUUGGUUGUACUAGAACAAGAUCCUGAAGUGAUGAAAAUGCUUAACGAGUGUGAGAGCAAAAAGAUGGUUAGCUUGUUUGUGACAAAGGACAGACUGGCCACUUUAGCGCCUACCAAGUCCAACAAAGAACCAUCCAAAUCUAAACCAAAAAAAACUAAAGGAAGAGGAGGUACAAAGAAAAAGAAAGCAUUAAAUUUAAUGCAUACUGAAGCACUAUAUGCUAACGAGGUUGAGCAGCGCGAUGAUGAGAACCAGAACACAUCAGCUGAUGGCGACAAAGAACCUAAAAAGAGAAAGGGGACUGUUUUAACACAUGUUUGGGAUCUACUUGACGGAGAUAGGAUAGUAGUAAGAUGUAAUAAGCUUGGACAGCCCAUUGGAAAAGAAGGUGGCCUUUUAGGCCAAUUUUUGGGCACCAUAGCAAGAAAUGGUGGUUACUGUCCGGUUGGUGCCAAAGAUUGGAGAAAAGUUAAGAAAGACUAUGGAGAAACCAUCAUUCAAUUUGUACAGGCAACAUUAAAAAAGACACUAUUUAAUCCAAAGAAGAAAAGGUCUGUUUUGAACAAGCGUUGUCCUGAUGAUAUUGUUGAAGCUGAAUGGAAGGCCCUAGUAGGAUACUGGAAGUCCAAAGAAGGAAAAACCCUUAGUGAAAAGAACAAAAUAAGUCGUGAAAUGAGGAAGACAACUCAUAUAGCAGGUACAAAGAGUUAUGCUCGUUGGUCUGAGGACAUGGUUCAAUUGGAAAAUCUCCUAGACACACAACCAGAGUUAGCACAAAAUAGUGAGGCGGAGUUGCAUGGGAAGGACAUUAAUAUAGUUUCACUAGAUGGCUCAUCAUCUGAUGUAGAGGUUCACAUGUUGGAGGAAAUAAGGCAACUCAAAGAGCAUUCUAGAAUGCAAGACAAAGUUAUCGAAGAACUAAAAAACAAUCAGAGGCACAAUGAGAACCAAGAAGCAACAAUGGGAAAUUGUGCUAGGAGUGAUCACAACAAUUCUCAGAAUCAAGUACUGAAUUCUAAAAGAAAGAGAGUCCAGUGUGGUGCACCCAACCAGAAUGAGGGAUUCCUCAAACAUAGGGAUGAAUUGAAUAAAGAAACAUGUGAGUUUGAAUUUAGUGAUGAUGACAAUGUACUUUUAUCUAGAGAAAAGUGCCAAAGUGAUAAUAAUGACAAGGAAGUAGAAGAAGCAGAAGCACAGGCAAUAUUUGAACGACACCUCCAUAAUGAUUUUGCACCAACAGAGUUUGAUUCUUGUCAAAGGAGUUCCGCCACAAGUAGAAUAAUACCAAAGAAACAAAAGGGACAUCACGGAGGGCUUGUAGAUACUAGAACCAUUGCACACCAGGAGGUGGCUCAUGACAAGGCUACAAGCUACAGGCGCCAAACACCUAAACGACUUUCUCUAAUGAAGGUUGGGUCCACAGUGCUACUAAUGACUUCAAAAUAUCCUAAUAAGGCUAAUGUGGCAUAUGCAACUCUCUUGAGCACUAAUCCAAAAGCCCUUGUUGGUGUAGUUAAGAUAGGAAGUCAAUUCUACAAAGUGCGUAUCAAUCAUCCUAUAACAAAAGAUGAGCCAUUAGUGAGGCCUAUGCUUGGGUGCGACAAUAUUGGUGAUGCUCAUGCCAAAAGAGUCCAAAUUGCUUGGCCUUCGAUGUUUGUUCAAAUGAUUAAUGGUUGA